CGCGUCACUUCUGUCAGUGGUCGCGGCUUCUAGUCAACAAACAUGGCGUGCACGGUGAAGGGAGAGCUGAAAUGUAAAGACGGGAGAACGAGCAGGUUCACGGUGGAGGCGGAGAAUAAUUUAAAAUCCAUCAUCGAAGGAGUGAAGAAGAUCAGCUCUGAGAUUUCGGUGGUUUUAACGGAGCUCGUGGAAGAGGAGAGGAGUGUAAACACGGAGAGAGGAGAGUGUCGCGCGCGCGAUGAGGAUGUGGAAGAUGAAGAUGAGGACGAGGAUGAGGACGGUGAUGAAGAAGACCGCGAUAUAGAAACUACCGCAGUUAAAUUAAAGUCCAGACCUCCAGCGAAGCGUCUGAAGACCGUCACACCGUCCUGAGCAGAGCGUCUCCGUCUGUCCGUCCGUCUGUCUGUCUGUCUGUCCGUCCGUCUGUCUGUCUGUCCGUCUGUCUAUCUGUGCAGACAGAAGUUUUUCUUUUUGUCCCUCUGAACUGAUAAAUGAACUCUGAGUGAUGAGACGAGGUUAAAAAGAUAAAAGACAUUUAAAAAUAUAAAUUGGAAACAGUAUAAAGGGACAAUCAUUCAACACUUUUCCUGUAAAUAAUCACAAAUCAAUUUUUUUUUUUUUAAUAAUGAAAUUAAAGUGAAAAACACAAAGAUUUUUCUACCAAAACAUUUAUUUCUUUAUAUUUUAUUUCAUGGAAAGGCAAUAACUCAGUCACAUGACAUAAACAUCUGUUCAUUAGAAUUAUUACAUCAUUUAAAAAAAAAACCCUUGAGCCCUUUGACACAAAACCAGCGUGAAGAAAUCGUCGCUCAUCUUUUAUCUCUAAUCAGAUAUUCAUUUUUUAUCAAACGCUUCAGAAGUUUCACAGUCUGGAGGUUUUAGCUGCACAUCUGCACGAUAUGGCAGAAACACCUGCAUGAUAUUAUUCUGACGAAAUGAUUCUGGAUUUCUAUUCUCAGAAAAGCGCACAUAAACAACUGCAGGUUUCGUUCUUCUUCUUUUUGUAAUAAAACCACAAUUGUUGUUGAAAUAAA